AUGGCUACGAAUAUUAGAUGGCGCGGGGCCACACUAGUCGAUAUCAAGCAAGUGUGCGAAAUCGGCAACUUCCACAUCGCGAAUAGCUGCUGCACAUUGGAAACCACCCCACUACCAGUGUCCUACUAUGAAGAGAAACUAAGGGAUCUCAACGCAAGAGGUCUACCAUUCUUUGUUCUCGUCACCGAUCUAGAUAAAUGGAUAGACGGAUCAAACCUGAUCCUUGGCUAUUGCUACCUAUCCCCGUUUGGAGGCCAUUUGUUGUCUUAUGCGUCUACUGUCCAGUUGUCGAUAUAUAUAUGUCAAAGCUAUAUGAAAACUGACGUUGGGCAUAGAUUUUUGGAAGAGGUUUUGAUACUGGUUGCGUUUGGCAAAGUCAUGCACAACUGUGUGGAGCGUGUCGGUGACAUUGCCAGGAUUGGGGCUGGUAGUGCCCUGGGGCUUGUGAACCAAUCGCCUCUUUACAAUAUUAUUGCUAUUGUUGCUGUUGAUCCGAAAGACCCUGAUGAGGGGAACAGGCUUAAGGAUAUGCUUCUUUCGCUGAAGUUCGUGGAGAAGGGACGGAUGGAGAAAGUUGCGAUGAAGAAGGGUCGGUUUCUUGAUACCAUUUAUCUCCAAUGGACAGCGCCGGAGAGAGUGAGGGAUGCGAGGUGA